AUGUUUGCCCCUAAUGAUGCGAAAGCGACACCACGACCUCGCCGGUCUGGUUCAUACAACUUCUCUUCGCUCCCACCUCACGCACCACCUUUGAUUGUCAAAAACACGACCACUCUCCAAGAUCCAUCUUUCAUACCUUCUUUUUCACAAGCCCAACGACAUCGAGAAUUCAAUGUUCUGGUCAAAAAGUAUAUACACCAACUUCUCCAUGGAUGCAAUCGGCCGGUCUGCACGACACCAACAUGCGCUACUGCUCGGCGACAGCUACAUGCGAGGAAAGACGCUACAACCGGUGGUUCUUCGGCUAGUAAGCGGGAGUUUACACCGCUAAGCGCGAGGAUCAUAGCAUGCCAGCUCGCAACUGCUGACGAGCCUUAUCGGUCUCUAUGUCCUGGUUUGGCGGGGGAAGUUAGAAAGGAACUUGAUCUUGCGGCUGGGCCGGCAGGUGGGAGGCUAAAACCGGACUUGGGGAUGAGGGACCCCAAGAGCUUUAUGCAAGGGCUGUUCAAUACGACGGCUGUUAGGGGCUUGGAAAUGAGCGUGCUUCCGCCGCCUAGAGAUAUGAUGGAUGUAAUGGUUAAGGGGGAGAGUGCUUCCAAGGUUAAAAAAGAAAGUGGAGAAAGACGUCGGGGAAUUUCGUCGGAACCUACACGUCUAGACCAGGAAACAAAGAAGGAUCAAAGUACAACCACGGCACCGAAAUCUACGAACGCUGGCGAGAGCUAUACCCCUGCUACACUUCCGAAUCAUCCGACUACAGACAGAGAUAGAACGACACCGGGUCAUAUUCGUCCAACAUAUCAGUUCUCCACCCCACCGCCCCAUCAAUCAUGGUCUCCUCAACCUACCAAAUCCUCACGCCGAAAACUCUCCCACGACCUGUCGUCAUAUCUUACCUCUCCCAAAAACACGUUUUUCACACCUGAUGUUAAUGACCUCAAACCCCCGCCGCCACAACAUGUUCACCGCCAUAGUGCCCGUGAUAUCACGCAUAGAAGAUCCAUAGACACGACCCCGAGCCGAGUGGCGAAGCCCUUUGCUCUUGAUGACAAGGGCAGCAACCCGACCACUUCACCAGUCCAAUCGAGAAAUACAGUACCAACCCCACAAGCGGUUACGCACUUCACAGUGGAUAUUGUCUCUGCUUUGAUCAAAAUGCUGGAUGAUACCUCCGCGUCGAAGUCUGCGAAGCGAGAAGCCGAAGGAUUUUUACGGCAGAGUUGUCACUAUGUGUUCAGCCGCCCUGAGAAUCUUGCUAAUUGCUUCCCCGAGGAUGUGAAAGCCGAGAAAGGGAUUUUGGUUUCAAAUAGUAUGAAAGCGUUAUUUGAUCGAGGAUUUGGCAGGGAAAUUGUAGAUUCUUUGUGGAAAGCACUUGGGGACCUUUUCCCUACGGUCGAGGAAGUCAAUGUCGGAGAGGAGAAGAGCAAAGUUGUGAAUCCGUCAAAGUAUGGAAGCGAACUUGCGGCGAAGGUGUUUACCAUAACUCUCCAUGUCCUUACAGCCGCAUGCCCUAUCAAGACCCCAGAGGUUUGGGAGCAAUGCAGGAGGGAGAGGAGUAGAGGUAGCAUAUCUUUAGAUAUCUCGUUCGAAGAUGAAGGGGAAAUGAGACUAGCGAAGAGAUUCGCAAGAUGUUGGUCUGCUUUCGGGCUUUUCCAGUAUUCUGUUAAGGAGAUUCUUAAAGGGUAUAUGCUUGGGUAUGCAAAAAUCGAGAGGAGUGGGAGGGUUGAAAAAUUGGAGAGAGAAUUGGGGAAGGAAUUGGCUAGCGAAGUUGUACUUUCAGGAGUUGGGAAGGGCGGAUGGGGUUUGGUAGUCUGUGUGAUGGAGUGGAUGAGGGCAAUAAUGCUAAGUGAGUGGGAUGGCGGCGAGAGGCCUCGGAGUGGUGGGGUUGUUGAUGCUAGUAUUGCAUUCUUGAGAUUUCUAUACGAGGACCAUGAGGCUCUAGGACUUGAGGAAUCAUACUUCCACAACCAAGUUCUAGCCGACAGGCUAGAGUAUAAAAACAUGCCUGUAAAAUGGUACUUAAAGAAACUGAAGGCCAAUACUACCCCGACCUUGUUAAAUACACCCCCCGCAGGAACUUCGCCCCCUCCGCGGCCUUUAGAGCCACCACAUCUAUUGAACCAUGCCUUCUUACUCCCACCCUCUGCAUUAGUCAAAUUCUUUCGAUCGAUCAACUUCCAUCGCAUGUCGGCGGCGUACGAUGAUGCGCUCGCCAUGUACCGGUUUGUGAAUCAGAUGGCUGACGUUACACGGCGAGAUAACUUUAAACCCUGGCUUCGGAAUUUUAUCAUGCAAAGCUACGACAUCGCGAUGAACAUGUAUUUAUGUCUCGAGGUGCAUCGAAGCUCUGUAGUAAUGGACACGCUAAACCAACUUGUGGGAAGGGAACUACGAGAAUGUUUACGGCCUCUGAAAGUCAGGUUCUUAGACGUGGGCGAGGAGGGUGUGGAUCACGGUGGUGUACAACAGGAGUAUUUCAGGCUGAUAUGGGAGGAGGUUACAAAAGGAGAAUAUGGGUGUUUUGUGCCCGACGAAAGGACGCGGAUGAGCUGGUUCUCAAUCGUCACACUGGAACCGAUGCAUAAAUUUGAGUUGCUGGGGUUACUUGUGGGUCUAGCGGUUUAUAACGGAGUUACACUACCCGUGAGUUUCCCUUUGGUGAUGUAUAGGAAGCUUUUAGGGUGGAAGGUGGAGCUAGAGGAUUUAGGGGACGGGUGGCCCGACUUAGUAAAGGGAAUGAAGAAGCUUUUGGAGUGGAGUGAUGAGGAUGGCGAUGUUGGAGACAUAUUUGUGAGGAGUUACGAGUUUGGAUAUGAAGCACUCGGAGAGGUGCAUAGCGUGGAUUUGAUGAAGGUCGGAAGAGAGGAUAGGUGGGCACCUAUGAAGAUCGAGAAGGAGCGAGUCACGAGCUUAGCCAACUUGAAUUUCUGGUUACCAGCCAACUCUUUUACUACGCGAGAUUAUCGUAUUGCUAUGAGAACUCAAGCGGCGGCAGCAGGUCUUUCUUCAACUUCUGCGACGAGACUCGCAAUCCCACCGCAGUUAACCAGUCUGUCUUCGCCGGCUGGUGAGGAAGCGCAAGAGUUUCUAACGGCGAUGAAUACCGCGCAAAGGAGGCAGGUACAGAAUAUUCCAGACGUUGCAGAUUCGAUAUCUACUAGUGACACAUCGUCUCGACGGAUUCUAACCCCGGAAAUCCUAACACCUGGUUCGCAAUCGCCUUCCGCAUCACCUUCACGACGAAGUAGUGCCGUCGCUAUCGAUGAGAACGAUGAAGCCGCAGCUACUUGGAAAGCAUACCAUAAACAACAACAGUCGAUAUCCUCAGCAGAUAUAUCGAGUAUUUCAUCGACUUCUCCAGUCAAGAUCACAAGCGACAAGUUUGUGAAGCCGGAAACCGAAGAAUCGGAGCUUGUGACAAACGCCAAUAGGGACCAGUAUGUCAAAGAUUACGUUUUUUGGCUUACGGAUAAAUCCGUUAGACCGCAGUUCGAGGCGUUCGAAAGAGGGUUUCAUGCCAUGUUGGAUAGAAAGAGUCUUAGCCUAUUCAACCCCAUUACCCUCCGACACCUUGUUGAAGGCUCGAAAGAGAUUGAUAUAGCGGCCCUCGAGGCAGCUGCCAAGUACGAUGAUGGAUAUCACCCUAAUCACCGAUGUAUCAAAGACUUUUGGGCAAUAGUGCGUACUUACGAUAAUGACCAAAAGCGGGCACUAUUGGAAUUCGUCACGGCGAGUGAUCGUGUUCCCGUUAGCGGAAUUUCGAGCGUUAUGUUUGUGAUCCAGAGGAAUGGUGGGGAUAGCGAACGUGUCCCCACGAGUUUGACGUGCUUUGGACGGUUGUUGCUGCCGGAAUAUAGCGGGAGGAAGAAAAUGAGGGAGAAGUUGAGGAUUGCCUUAGAGAACGGCAGGGGUUUUGGAGUGCCUUGA